AACCAAUAACCCUGAAACAAACAAUUCCGGCAUGUCUAACUCCACGUCUAACUCUAUGCCUAACUCCACGUCUAACUUCAUGUCUAACUUUUCUACACCUAACUCUACGCCUAAAUCUAUGUCCAACUCUACUAUGCCGAAAUCUAUAUCUAACGCGUCUAACUCUACAACAUCGAAAAGUAAUCGCCAAAAAAAUAAAGAUUCUAAAAGCUCUUCCAAAAGUUCUAUCUCUUCCAAAGGUUCUUCGAAAGGUUCUUCAAAAGGUUCUUCCAAAGGUUCCUCCAAAAGAAGAGGUCGUCUGAAUGUUUCUACUAGUAACUUCAAUUAUAUUAGAGACGAAGACAAAGAUUACGAUAAUCCGGAAAUUUGA